AUGCUAAACCCCAAUGGCUUCGGUGGGGCGCUUAUUCUUCUGGCGACGAAAUGGGCGCUGGCUGCCCCGCGUGGUGGGCAGGUGGCGGCGCGCCCGAAAUGUUGUUUUACAACGAUUAUUAGGAAAUCAAUUUGUGUGCGCAUAGCGGUGCACCAUGAAGCACGCCGGGCCCCGAAGUCGCAAGAGAUUUGGAGGUGCCCGCAGCAUCGUGUCACAAAUCCCAAGCGCCUCCGACAACGCCGCAGCGGCAGCUGCGAGAGAGUGUUGUUGAGCGUGCUCUUACCCUUCGUUGUCGGACUUGUGGAGGCGUUAUCAAACGGGGUGCCACUUCAGCCGCCACAAUUGCCCACUGAUUUUUCUGGCAGCUCAAGAGCAACCGGUGGUGGCGGAAUUCUCUAG